UUGUGAAUCUUGCUUUGCUGCGAAUUAAUGCUGUAAUAAUGUUUCUUUUUUUAUUUUUAUUACUUGUGAAAUAUUAGAUAAUUUCUAAUGAGUAAAAGGUUUUUUUAAAGAGUUUGGUGUUUUAGAUUGACGUGAAUGUUUUUCAUUAAAAGGUUUCAAGUAAAUAGAUACUUAUAGAGACUUCUACCUGACCCAUUUACUUUUAGUUGAAUCGUUUAAAAAACGUACGUUGACUUACUCAAAAUAUAAUUUUCCUACUUUGUGGUGACGUGAGAAAGGGAUAAAAUAUAUAUUUUGUCGGCCAGUUGUAUUAACAGUGCAUGGAAUGUGAUGAAAAUGGGCGACAGCGUACAUUACCGGCAGCGACUUGCGGCCGUGGAGUCAAGCGAAAGUGCCGAAUUGAUCAAGAGAAUAUCUUGCAGCUGGCGAUCGCCCCUUCACUGUCUGACGCGAAUCAUUCACACUCAAUGCGCGUCAAUCUGGUGCCGUAUUGCCCGCCAGAGCAACCCCUUUCCACCGCCAACGUUCAGCCAGCAGACCAUCCCUUUAUGAACAAUAUGGAUGAGAUAUCUUAUUGGGUCUACACAAAACGAGCUCCUUGCCUAUAUAACUAUGAUAAUGUUGUCAAGAAACAAAUUGAUCAACCUCACUGUUCCAAAACAAAACCUGCAAGUGUUCAGAGUGCUUGUGAGGAGGUGCCUUCACCGAAAACAAAGAAAAGAAAAUUAAAAUUACUGGAUGAUGAUUCAGUGUCCACAGAAAAGCAGCAACAUGUGUACUUUGAAACACCUAAAGGUGAAAAACAAAAGACUGCACCAAGCAGUUGUAAAUCAGAGGCAAUUGCUUCAAAUAUUGAUUUUAAUAUUAAAAAUUCACCGCAACAGAACACAACUAAAAGAAUUAAAUUGCAAAGAAAUUGUCAAACUACGUCACAAAAGAAAAACAAACUCAUAACUUCGACACCUAAAGCCACUAACUUGAGAAGAAGCCUCAGAAAGGCUCAACAGAAUCAUAACAAUUCAUUUGAAAUUUUCAAUUCAAAUGCUAAUAAUGGUGUAAAAGAAGAAAAACAGGAACAAAGUGAGAAAGGAGAAUUGCAGGUAUCACAUUGUGUUGAACAAACAGAUAAUAAAGGCAAACUAACAACAGAUAAAGACAAAAGUGCAGCUGGACUUAAUGGCCAGUUUGAAGAUUUGAGUGAUGUGUCUGGGUUUACUGCUAAUUAUAUUAGAUCUACUAAGAUUCACUCCUCGAAAACACCAAGGAAGCUAAGAAGCAGAAAUAGUAGAAACCUUAUAAAGGAUGCAAAACCAAAUGUAACUUCUGAGAGUGAGAAGAUGUUGGUCUGUGUAAAUAAAUCUAUGAACACACAGCUCCCUGACACAACAGUUCAGAAUUGUAGCACAGAUUCAUCACAGAAUGUGAUAAAUCUUGUAUCUGUGAAAAAUAAUGACAAAUCUAGCAGAGUAAAUAAGAGUACUUCACUCUUAAAGUUCAUGGACACUAAGGGAAGUGCAUCUAACAACAAAAUUGAUAAGCAAGGGGGUAAGAAUAACCUUAAUGUCUCGUUUCAGUCUAAAAGUAGUGGCACAUCUAGGUACCCUCGGCGAAAGAGGAAUAAUUUGCCAGGAGACUCGGAACAAAACUGCACUCAGAUAAACAGCACCACACUAAACUCUCUAGGAACAAGGCAUAACGGUCGUAGAAGUAAUAGAUUACAUAAUUCUAAUAAGAAAGAAAAUUCUCAGGAUAGAAUUACGUCUAGGACAAGGAGUGGAAGAAAAAUAGGAAGACCAUUGGGUCUUGAAGAGUCUGGCUGCUCUAUGCUACAGUUAAACAAUUCAAGUGAACCAGUUAGUUCAAGUGUCGCGAUAAACAUGGCUACUCCCACUAAAAGGAGUAAGAAUGUGAACAAUUCCUCGGUGAGAUGUCUCCGCAACAGGAGGUGUAGGGACAAAAGUGGACAAGAAUUGUGUAAAAACUCGGUCAGUGACAAAAGUGAUAAAAAAAAUGAAGACAAUGCACAUGGUUCCGCUUUACAGUCAUCAACACCGAGACGUAUUGGGCGUGUAAAAAAAUUAACGGACAAAACUAGCUUAUCAUUGCGGAGGGACUCCUUAAGAGAUAGAAGUGGUUUCGCGGCUUGUUUCUCAGACAGUGACAGUGACAGUGAGCCUUUAAAACAACGGAAAUUCUUCUGUUAGCAUUUAACCAACAUAAUAAAUAACUUAAUAGCUUUGAGCAAGUAUAUCAAUAUUGGAAUUUUCAUCUAGUAGCUGUUUUUGGCGUGUGCCACUCGUCUUAUUAAAUAUUUGAUCCCUUGGCAGUUGAGAUGCCCUCAAAGUGCCCCCAUUAAUGCACAUUUUACAUAGAUAAUGAUAAUUUUUUUUAUUAGAGAUAGAUAAUAAAUUUGCAUAUUUGCAAUAUUUGUGAGUACUGCAUUUGUCAAAUAAAUAAAAUAUUUGCAGUGGCAUAUGUAAUAACACAGACAAGAGAUGUUAAUAUUGUAUUUAAAUUAAAGUAAGCUUGCUUGAGAUUGCAAGGUGCUCCGUCUGGUGUCUGGCAAUUGACGAGUGCUACAUGGACUCGGUGGCAGAAAUGUGUUACUAGGUACUAGCCGCUCUGUUAAUUUAUUGUAUUUAGAGGACGAUAUGAAUGUAUACUACAUGCUGAAUGUGACACGAAUAAAAUUUGUGUAUCAAAUUUGUAUUAUAAAGUGCCAUUUAUGAAAUAUAAUUUAAUGGGAUGUCUCUUUGUUUUCCAUGACUAUGACUUUGUUAUGUGUUAGUUAAGAUUUUAAUUUAGAGUAACUAUACUGCACUCUAUUGUUUACUUUGUAUUAAAUUUUUGUGUAAUAA